CCUUGAAACAUCACAAGGAUCUAGGUAGCUACGUCAAACGCACCAUCUAUUGGCUCUGGGUAGUCAUAGCAAAACUCAAUCGGGUACCAAGCUUAGAUCUAAGGUUCCAAUCCCGAUCUCUUGCAUGCCGUUAUGUACCAGGGGUUGCAAACGAUAAGCAAACACCGAUAACUUCAAUGUUGCGGUGAGAUUCGGGACCUAUGCGGGCACGGAGAUGGCGCUGGUAGACUAUUCAUCCUCGGACUCGGACUCCGCAGACGAAGAAGCAGGCGCGAUUUCCACCCCAGCAGCAAAAAAGCCCAAGACCUCUCACACGGAAACAUCAACAGGGGACGAGUCUAAAUCAACCGCGCUCCCCCCCCUCCCCGCCGCCUUCCACGACCUCUACGCAUCCACCGUGCGCGUGAGCACCACCGACGACCCAACCCUACACCAAGGCCGGAAGAGAGUGAAUCCUCACAAGGCAGGCAACUGGCCCAGUCAUCUAUACAUCGAAUGGCACCCCACGCCCGCCCAACUGCAUACCCUCAGCGCCUUCCUCUCCGACCUGCAACCCGCACUCUCCCCUCUCUCCGUAGACCUAACCUCAUUCCUAACUUCGGACCUAGGCGCGCCACAACCCCUGCACAUCAGCCUCUCGCGCCCAAUCGUGCUAAGCACAGGGCAGAAAGACGGGUUUCUGGAAGACCUCGCGGCGCGGGUGAAGGAGUGCAACAUCCCGCCGUUCGAGCUGGCGCCUGUGGGACUGGAAUGGCAUCGCACGCGCGAGUCCGAGAGGUCGUUUUUGGUGCUGCGGGUUGCUGGUGUGCCGCCUGUUUCUUCUAACCUAUCUACCGGCAACGGUAACGAGGACGAACAUCCCGUCUCUACACCUCGCCCGGAAGAAGAUGCAUCGAAGAAGCUGCAGCGGCAAAACCCACAGCUGACUGCUCUGCUUAUAUGCUGCAAUGCCCUCGUGCAGGAGUACUCGCAGCCGCCUCUGUACGCGUUUAAAGCCGAUGACGGGGACACCGCGUUCCACAUCUCUAUCGCGUGGAGCUUUGCGCCGCCGAGUGCGGAAGUGAGGAGGCGGACUGAGGAAGUGUUUUCGCGGCAUGUGAUGCGGGAUGAGAUACGGGGGUUGCGUGUGCGUGUUGAUGGUAUCAAGGCUAAGAUUGGGAAUACGGUUACUCAUGUACCGCUUCUAGGGCGUGGGAAGAGGUUGUUUAGUGGAUAGGGUGAGAUAUUUAGGUAGGUGUGAUACGUUUAAUGUAGAUAGCAUAGGACUCAUGGCAACGAGAGGGCUGGUAAGACUCGAAUCAUUUGGAUUACGAGCAAGAGUAUGAGGUAGUCACGGAUAACUGGAUAAUAGCACGGCAACGAGGUAUAAGACCGCGAAGGAAACAGACUUGCAAGAAUGUUACGCAAUUGUACUAACCGCCCUCCAUUACCGCGACGGUAGGGUAUAGUACGCUAUCAGGUAUGCACAAUGCACAUAAUAAAAACACAUGACAAUUUUAAGGGGUUACCAACCCGUCCU